UCCUCAGGUGAUGCUCACCAAGUUGCAAACUAUUUUCUCACUGGAGGACCAUUAAAAGGCCAUGCACAUUUUGUAAGAGAUUGUGAUUCAAAUAACAAUGACAAUGAUACAGAAAAAACAAGUAAUCCUACCAUUAAGACUAAUACAGAUUUACUUAUAAAUGAACAAGAUACAAACACAACUUCAUCCGAUUCUAUUGUUGGGGCUCCUUUACCACAUAUUCCUCGAUUACCACAUAUUCCGCCAGUACCACAUAUUCCUCCACUACCUAUUCCUCCGCAUUUGAAUUCCAUUAUACAUCCAGCUUUAAAUACAAUAAGUAGAUUACCACAUUUGCUAGGGAAUAAUUUUCUACAAUCUGUAUUACACCCUGAUUUACAUCCACAUAUCAACACAUUACAUGAUAUUCCUAGUACAUUAGUAAAAUCAGUUAGCGGGCCAGUAAGCGAGUUAAUAAAUGCCAGAUCAGAGCUUCAAGAUAUGUUGCACCCAAAUGGAUCGUUUCUUAGAAGUAUCAAUGAAGCACGAGAAAAUAGAAAAGCAAGGAAAAAUCUUAAGAACAAUUUAGCAUUUCCAAUUGGACAACCACCUAUUGUAGGACUAGCUCAACCAAAUUCCCACAAGAAUGUUCCACUAUCGAGUAUGAUCGAACCACAUCUUCCAGUAUCUCAUCCUCCUCCUAGUGGUUAUAUAGUGCAUUAUGUACCACACAAUACAGAAACAGCAUUACAGUCUCCAACUGGUUCAUCGAAGUAAUUACCUUCUAAUUCUGAGAACAAUAAUUUGAAUAUUCAAAACGAUC